UAUUUUGUAUCGUUAUCGUCACGGUCACGCUGCAAAGAAUUGUUUACUUUUUCAAAUGGUUUAAAUGGCAAAAUCAUGAGUUCUCCGCAUUACACAAACACGAAAAACUAUGUGGAAGGUGCUCGAGUAUAUUUGAAGCAGGACGGCACAUGCACAAUUGUGAUAAAAUGCUGCCUUUGCAGCGCCGACGCCUUCACUGGCGCCGACUGGGAUGUGUUUAUGAAUCAUUUGAGACGCCAACACACAGAUGCCAUCAAGCUCGACGGCGAUGAUAGCGAAAUAUAUGACGAAAUAGAACUAGAAAUGGCAAAUCGAACGAAUGCCGAGGAGAAUAGAAUAUCAGAAUCUGAAGAGGAGCAGGAAGAGGUCUUUACAAACGUCGAGUUUCUCGAUGACUCGGACGACAAUCUCAGCUGCGAAUCGGAGGCAGAAGAGGAAAACAAAAACGGCCAAGAUAACUACGUCCUAAACACGCCCCAGAAGCCCUUCUACAGCUUGCUACGGACGAGUCCAGAGAUAAUGCACUAUUUCAUAGAUCUUCUGGAAGAGCACACAGUUCUCUGGCAAUCCCACAAGGGGCUGUUCAGGAGGGAGCGCCUGCAGAGUGCGCAACGGGUUUCGGAUGCGAUGGCCCAGCGUUUCUCUUUCACGCUCUUGCCGCAGGUGGUCUGCACGAGCUCUCGAUCUCUCAGGGCCUGGUGCGAGCGCCAGUAUGCCAGUAAGGUGCGCAGCAAGGGCUGGCACUGCCGCUAUCCCGCCUACUAUGACAGACUCGUCCAGUUUAUGCCCACCAACCACAUUACAGUGAUUAUUUGCGACGAAUGCCGGCGGAGCUUCCUCAACGAAUUCCAACUGGAGGUGCACAAGUACAGAGUACACUGCGGCCAGAAUCCCAACGUCUGUAGUGUUUGCAACAAGGGAUUCGGAUGUGCCUCCAAGCUGCUGGAGCAUCGGGCCCGCUACCACUUCAAGCCUUUGGAGUGGCAGUGCAAGUUGUGCUCCUACAAUGCUCCCUCCAAAUGGGAUUACCAACAGCACAUUACAGUGCAUUCCGGCCAGCGAAACUACACGUGUGAAGUGUGCGGCCAGUCGUACAAGAGCACCUCUGCCCUCGCAGUUCAUCGGCGAACGCACUCACAGCCCCGCCUCACCUGUCCCCACUGCCAGAAACACUUUCGCGAGAACUCCAUUCUCAAAAAUCACAUUAAGAGGGUUCACAAACGCGAAAAUUCUCGCAACUACGCUUGCCGCGUGUGCUGGAGGAGAUUUCAAACCGUUGAGGUGUUAAGAUUGCAUGAACGAGUUCAUGUAAAUGUGCUACAUAGGGAACUGGAGACGGCAGACGACCCAGAGAUCGCCUCAGAAAUUGAAUAAAUUGAGUUCA